AUGCUGUCGUCGACGAUUAAUUUUAUUUUCGAUUCCAUGCUGUUCCACGUGUCCGAAUUUAUUUUGACCGUUAUUUCCAAAUCGUACCUUAAACAAACGAACGAUAGAUCGAUCGAGACAAUCGGAAUGUUUAAAAAAAUAAAUUAUUUUGGUGUUAAAUAUGCUCUUUAUUUUGCUUGGUUAGGAUUUUAUACUCACAUGCUAAUACCUGCCAGUAUUGUUGGACUUAUUUGUUUUUUUUUUUACGGGUGGAUCACUCUAAAUUACAACACUUUGAGCCAAGAUAUUUGCAAAUCUGAUGAUCUUAUUAUGUCCACUUUAAAGCCUCUCACAAAUAGGCUAAAAUUGUUUACAACAACAACAGCAAUUGAAGACGUCAUCACGGGGAAAUUUAGAUUCGUCACUGAUUUUACAACAUUUUUCAACAGUAAAAAAACAAAGAAAAGGGCAAAAAAAAAAAAAAAGAAAAGAAAAAGAAACCAAAAGCGAAUCAAUUCUUUUGUCAUUUUAGCCUGCCUCCCCUCUGAAUUUUAA